GGAAACAAAAAAAUAAUUGGUGGGCUAAUAACCAGCAAUGCCCACGUGUGCUUGUGACCUGCGAGUAAACGAGUAUGUAUGAACUCUUACGAUGAUUGGCGUUUUGCUAAACGCACGUGCCUUUGACUCGCCUCAACCUAAGAAGCUUCUGAACAGCGUAUUGCCUACUAGCCCUAUGAAGUAGAAGAUGCAGUGAUCGAAGAAUUACAGUUCCGUGCAGUGAAGCUCAGGGAAAUCCUGCUUCGUAGUUUCUGAAUUCAGAAUGCCAGCAAGCAGGCAAUUUUCUCGGAUAGACACUUUAGAACUGAAAGCUCAGAUUGAGAAGAAGAUUGGGAGCCAAAAAGCGGGAAAGUACUUUAAUCUUGUUACAAGAUAUUUGAGUGUCAAGAUUAGCAAACCCGACUUUGAUAGACUCUGCAUUGCAACAAUUGGGAAAGAAAAUGUCUGUCUUCAUAAUCAUUUCAUCCGUUCAAUACUCAAAAAUGCAUGCCUUUCAAGGACUCCCCCACCAAAAGGGAGCAACAUUGCAAGUUCUCUGAGUGUUAAAGUGCCAAAUGGAUGUCAAAGAAGUAGUCUUCAACUGUUAUGCAGAGAUUUUCCCCAAUCACCUCGAAAAGGGAGAACUCCAAAUCUUCGCGAUCGCAGGUUAAGAGAUGGUUUUGCCCCUUUUAGGCCUCAGGGUAAGAACCACAGUGGUGCAUGUGAGGGUCCUAUCUCCAAAAUUCAAGAACAAGAAAAGGCAACCGAGCUGCUUUCUUUGGGAAGCAGACCACCUGUCUCUGUCGAAGAUGGGGAAGAGGUUGAUCAGGCUGCUGAAAGCCCAAGCAUUCACAGCAUGAGCCCUCUCACAGCUCCUCUUGGCAUCUCAAUAAAUUCUGGAAGGACAAAAAAGCUGUUAAUUAAAGGAUCAGGACCUGCUAUUUACAAUGACACUUGUCAGAGCAGUGGUGAGCUACCUGAUACUAGUUCUUUAAGGAAGAGGUUGGAGCAAAAGUUGGCGAUGGAGGGAAUGGGAAUCUCAGAGGAUUGUGCCAAUUUGUUGAAUAAUGGCCUUGAGAUUUUCCUAAAGAGAUUAAUAAAGCCCUGUUUAGAUUUAGCUGGUUCAAGGUCUCUGGAUAAACACAUAGAUCAAGGACAUAGUCAAGCAAGUUCAAAUGGGAUGCGUCCAGUGAGAUACAUACAGAGACCCACCAGGCCCAGUUCGGCAUCUAUAUUAGACUUCCAGGUCGCAAUGGAUUUGAACCCUCUAUUACUUGGAGAAGAUUGGCCAACCAAACUUGAAAAGGUUUGCUUGCAUGCAUCAUAAAACAGAACUGACUGACUAGUACAUGUUUCGGCUCAAGCCAUAAGUUUUGAUAAUAUUGAUCUGACCUUGUUGCUUUGAUAAGUGAGCACGGGCAGACAGUAGAAAAGUAGAAGUAAUGGAAAAUUAGAUCAAGGCGUUUAGAUUGUAUAGGUUCAGAGCUGAUUAUAACAGAUACCUUGACAUUGGGAGGUAUAGACACAUGGGGACUUGAAUGUAGCUGUAACAAAUAGGUCAGUGGCACUCCUCAACAUAUAUCUAUUGUUUUUAUUGAUUUUAUCUUUCUUAAUAGAGCUUAUCUUCAAAGUUUCCA